UUGCAUACGACCCGUCGGCGGGUAAGCAUCGAGUUUUUUGAUACUGCUUUUUUAAGUCGAACUAUACGAGCACAUAAGAGUAGUGUGUCCAAUCUAAUAUUCAAUCCAAGAUUCGAACGUUGUUUACGUUGUUGCUUCCUAGAUUCAUAUUAAUUUUCCCAUCAAAAGUGAUCUUUUGCGCUUGCCAUCCCAUUUCGUUUGGUGUGGUGUGUGUCCAAUCACCCGGACGCAAACGGGACACUCUCGUAGUCGAAGUGGAUGCCACCGCAGCCACUGCCGUGUGUAUAUAACUUCCAUGUCCUACUAAACGAAAAUGAAAACGAGUUUACGACUCGACCAAGUGUUGUGCAUCUUUGAGAUUCACGUGUGCUUAUUACCUCGUCAUCUUCUGCUGUAGUAGAUGACUUUCGAGUUUCAAGUUUCGGGUGCAGACCGUCGAGAUAGGCACCACCAAAUUUUUGCCAAACGGAGAUGUCCCAAGUGCAACGAAAAGUGUAGUGUUGGAACACUAGUUUAUAUUCGAAUUCGACACAUCAUAUAGAGAAAAUAAAAAAAUCGGAUAAAAAAAGGAUUUAAAAUGCAAAUGAAGAUUCUCAUAUUGCCAUUGCCUGUGUUAACAAGUGCUCUCUUGCUGCUGCUUCUCUCACAUGAAGUCGAUUCUUCAUUUAUCGGUUCGGAGAAAAUAUUUUCCAAGGGACGGGAAAUUAUUAUUACAGACGCGGUGAAACGAAUUAAACGUGAUGGAUACCCUGUUGAAGUGCACACAGUACAAACACUUGACGGUUACAUACUAAAGUUGCAUAGAAUUCCAUACAAUGGUGGCGAACGCAGACCGGUUGUCUUUCUCAUGACCGGAAUCUAUGCGUCAUCCGAUGCCUGGGUGCUAAACGGUCGAGAGAAUUCACUGCCAUACUUGCUAUCCAACAAUGGAUACGAUGUCUGGAUGGGCAACAACAGGGGCAACAUUUACACAAAGAAAAACGUCAACUUCUCGCCCAACGAUCGAGAGUUUUGGAAUUUCAGUUGGCACGAGAUGGGAGUGUACGACAUGCCAGCCAUGGUUGAUUACAUCCUCGCUAUCACAGGCCAAAAGACAAUGCAUUUCGGAGGAGUUUCCCAGGGAGCAACUAUUUUUCUAGUCAUGAAUGCAAUGUUUCCCCAAUAUAAUGAAAAGUUUGACACAGCACAUCUGCUGGCGCCAGUUGCUUUCGUCAAUCAUAUGAAAGGCCCUCUGGCGGGAAUAUUUGCACCAGUUCUUGGUACCCGCAAUUACUUGUCAAUAAUGCUAGAGGGCGUUGAGAUGCUGUCGACUAAUAAAUUCUUCAAACGCCUGCUCUCUAUGGGUUGUUUGCAGGACGAAAAUCCACAUGUGUGUGCGAGUAGGAUUUGGCCAGCUGUGGGCUACGACACAAAACAUCUCAACAAGACAUUAAUUCCAGAUAUAAUGGCAAACUUUCCAGUUGGUGGAUCAUUCAAGCAAAUCAUGCACUACUUCCAGAGUUAUAACUCUGGCAAGUUUCGCCAGUAUGAUUAUGGACCGGAAAAGAACAAGAUAGUGUACAACCAAACGAGUCCUCCGGAUUAUCAAUUGGACAGAGUCACUGUUCCUACAUUUAUUUAUUUCUCAGUGAACGAUUAUAUUGUUUCGGUUAGGGAUAUCCAGCGAUUGGUUAUGCAUUUGCCAAAGGUACAUGCUCUGUACAGAAUGCCUUGGGAUAAAUGGAAUCACCUUGACUUUAUUUGCGGGCAAGGAGUCAAGGAGUACAUUUUCGAUAAAGUUGUGGAUAUUGUUAAUGCCUAUACGUAUUACAAGGAAAAGCGAAAGGAUAUAAGUUAUUUUUAGGUUUAUGUAGAGAAAUUGUGAUGCGACUGAAACCAAAAUGUAAAAUAAUUUUAUUAUUUUUUAAAUUUUAGUUUAAUUUUUUGUAUAAUAAAA